CAGCAGUUGUAGUUAGGGCAGUAUCACUAUGGGAAGGUCUCUGUUACUACGGUGAAACUUACCUCCAUAGAAGAAAGGUGCGAGUCUGAGACCAUGUUGGCACGUCUCUUCAGGCUCCACGGCCUGCUGGUGGCCUCUCACCCAUGGGAGGUGAUAAUCGGCACCCUCACUGUCACCGUCUGCCUCAUGUCUAUGAACAGCCUGGCAGCCAGCAGCCAGAUGUGCAGCUGGAACGACUGCCCCAAAGUGGAAGAGAAAAGCCACAGCAGUGACGUCAUCAUCUUAACCAUCACACGCUGCAUCGCCAUCGUUUACAUCUAUUUCCAGUUCAAGAGCCUCCGACAGCUGGGAUCCAAAUAUAUUCUAGGUAUCGCAGGUUUAUUCACUGUGUUUUCCAGCUUUGUUUUCAGCACAGUCGUCAUUCACUUCUUCGGUAAAGAGCUGACAGGCCUCAAUGAAGCGCUGCCGUUCUUCCUCCUGCUCAUCGACCUCUCCAAAGCCUGCGCCCUGGCCAAAUUUGCCCUCAGCUCAAACUCUCAGGAGGAGGUGAGGGAGAAUAUCUCACAGGGCAUGGCCAUCCUGGGUCCCACCUUCACCCUGGAUGCUCUGGUUGAGUGUCUCGUCAUUGGGAUCGGCACCAUGUCGGGUGUGCCUCAGUUAGAGAUCAUGUGUUGUUUCGGCUGCAUGUCGGUCCUGGCCAACUACUUUGUCUUCAUGACCUUCUUCCCUGCGUGUGUGUCUCUGGUUCUGGAGCUCUCCAGAGAAAGUCGUGAAGGCCGUCCGAUCUGGCAGCUGAGCCACUUCGCCCGCGUGCUAGCUGAAGAAGAGGACAACAAACCCAAUCCUGUGACCCAGAGAGUUAAAAUCAUCAUGUCUCUGGGCCUGGCCUUGGUUCACGCUCACACUCGACUAGCGGCCGAGCGCUCGGGUCAGAACCGCACGGAGGAGGGACGCAUGGAGAAGAGGCUGGACUCUGGUGGCACCGUGUGGCCCAUGCAGCUCUCCAGCAUGGACCUGGAGCAGGUGAUAACUCUCGCUCUCGCCCUGCUCCUGGCUGUGAAGUACGUCUUCUUCGAGCAGCCGGAGACGGAGUCCUCCCUGUCCCUCAUGAGCCCCAUUAUCAGCUCCCCUCCUCCACAGAAGCCUAAAGCAGCUGAGGACUGCUGCAGGCGAGAAUUCCCCAACCCGAAACCCCAGAAGACCACAAACAACACUACAGCAACCAAUCCUCCCGCCUCCGCAGCCGUAUCAGACUCUAAACUUUCCACUGAGGCUGACACGGCAUUCACGGAGAAGGCGGAGGAAGCUCAUCCUGCAGCAGCCUCAGCAGAAAACAGCCCCUGUGUUUCAUGUUUCGGGGAGUCACCCGCUCCUUGUGUUCCUUUAAGUAGCUCUAAUCCGGAGCCGCGGUCGCAGGAGGAAUGCAUGGCCAUCCUCUCAGAUCCUCAGAGAGGCGCCCGUUUCCUCAGCGAUGCGGAGGUGAUGAACCUCGUCACCUCGCGGAACAUCCUGAACUAUAAGCUGGAAGCCGUCCUGGAGACUCCAGAGAGGGGCGUGGCCAUCAGGAGGGAAAUGUUAUCAUCGAAGCUGCCUGCUGCCUCCGCUCUGACUUAUCUGCCGUAUAAAGACUACGACUAUUCCAAGGUGAUGGGUACUUGCUGCGAGAACGUCAUCGGGUACAUGCCGGUGCCGGUAGGAGUGGCCGGUCCUCUUCUGUUGGACGAGAAGCAGUUUCACAUUCCCAUGGCGACGACGGAGGGCUGCCUGGUGGCCAGCACCAACAGAGGAUGCAGGGCGCUCUCUCUGAGCGGUGGUUGCCGUAGCAGCAUCCUGGCUGACAGUAUGACGAGGGGUCCUGUGGUGAGGCUGCCCUCAGCGUGCCGGGCAGCAGAGGUCAAAGUCUGGCUCGAGACCCCUGACGGUUUCAGCACCAUCAAAGAAGCCUUCGAACAGACCAGCAGGUUUGCUCGACUGGAGAAGCUGUUCGUCGGAUUAGCGGGGAGGAAUUUGUACAUUCGCUUCCAGUCUCAGACCGGGGACGCCAUGGGCAUGAACAUGUUAUCCAAGGGGAGCGAGCAGGCUCUACACAGGCUCAAGCAGCUGUAUCCAGAUGUGGAGGUGCUGUCCGUCAGCGGAAACUACUGCACCGACAAGAAGUCUGCAUCCAUAAACUGGAUCUUAGGCCGAGGGAAAUCCGCCGUGUGUGAGGCCACGAUCCCCGCCCAGGUCGUCAAAGAGGUACUGAAGAGCAGUACGGCUGCUCUGGUGGAGCUCAACAUUAAUAAGAACUUGGUGGGCUCGGCCAUGGCGGGAAGCAUCGGGGGCUUUAACGCUCACGCUGCUAACAUUGUAGCGGCCAUCUACAUCGCAUGCGGACAGGACCCGGCUCAGACUGUGGGAAGCUCGAACUGCAUCACUCAGAUGGAGCCUGCCGGUCCAGACGGAGAAGACCUUUACAUCAGCUGCACGAUGCCGUCCAUAGAGCUGGGCACCGUCGGAGGAGGCACCAACCUGCCGCCACAGCAGGCCUGUCUGCAGAUGCUUGGUGUCCAAGGUACGAGCCCCCACCAGCCCGGCGAGAACGCCCGUCAGCUGGCCCGGGUGGUUUGCGGCACCGUGCUGGCAGGAGAGCUCUCCCUGAUGGCCGCCCUCGCUGCCGGACACCUCGUAAAGAGUCACAUGACCCACAACAGAUCUAAAACAAAUUUACCACAAACUCCCGCGUGACAUAAACCAUCGCUGCUCCGUCGGGGGAGUCAGCCAGAGUGAACGAUGCACUCCGGGACGCCUGCAGGACACUUUUCCGAAAGAGGACCGAAGAGUCUCUUUAUGAAGGAAAGUGCUGCACGUCGAGGAAAUACCAAACAUUUAAAAAAAGAAAGAAAAGAAAGACUGACGGAGAAAACACUCAGAUUCACGUGCUCGCUUCCUGUGUGUGUGUGUGUGUGUGUGUGUGUGUGUGUGCGCGUGCAUGUGUGUGUGUCCCCUUGCCCGACUGACUGCAAAGACUUUGAUGAAUUGAGAUGUUUUAAUGUUGCGGUUACUGAUUUGUGCCAUUUGUCUGCAUCUGAGCGUUGCACUACUGUGACAAACUUUAAUGCAUUUUAUUUUGAAAGGACAGG